AAAGUUUUCACACUCACACACAUACAACGAAUGCGUCGCGUGCUGCCCGUUCCCCAUCCCUAAAGACCCCUUGCCCCCCUCUCCCGGUAAUCCAUUCCACUCCUCAUCAAGCAACUUUUGUGCUUUUACUGUGUAAAUUAAUAACGAUAAUUCGAGUUCGAGUGUUUGAAAGUUCACUGAUAGGACAAAUCGUUUCAUAAUUCUCAAUAUCAAUAUUAAAUUUUUGUGAAAAAAACGCGGCGUUUCCAUUUUGUGAACGCAAUUGAAAACGUUUCGUAUUGGCCGGAAGACAAAGAGAUAUCGGCCCCGUUAAGAUUUCGGUCGUUGGCGGUGGUCAGAGAGGCUCGAAAAUUUGGCGUCGCGAGCGUAUCGAAAUGACCAAUGAUCCGGACUUAGAUGAUUGUGCAUUUCUAUCAGGUGGCGAAUCGAGCGGUGGCCGCCAGACGCGCACCGGAGUCGCUGUAUGCUCGCAGCGUCGGGCCCUUCUUGUUGCCGGUAUCGUCCUUGGAUCCCUACUCCUGACAGCCAUUAUCAUUGCCUACGCUGGACCGCAAAAUGACUGUUCCUGUACGGGUAAAACGACAUCUGGCCAUGAAACGGAUGAAGAGAACAACACACAGCCCUUCAAUCCGAUUGCAACAAAUGGGGAGCCCUUCCCUUGGCUGGAGAAGACGCUGCCAACCAGUGUGCGUCCCAUGCGAUACAUGGUGACAAUACACCCCAAUCUGACGACGCUGGACGUGAAAGGUCAAGUAACCAUCGAUCUGCAUGUGGAGAAGGAGACCAACUUCAUUGUGCUUCACAUUCAGGAUUUGAAUGUCACCGAGAAGGCACUUGUGACCCCUGGACCCAAGGGCUAUGCAUUGAAAAUUAUCAAGGUAUUGGAGUUUCCGCCGCGUCAGCAACUUUAUAUUGAGGUGAAAGAGAAGCUGAAAAAGAAAUCCAAUUAUACAUUAAAUUUGCGUUGGUAUUCGAAACUAAAUCCCGAGCCGGAAGGUUUCUAUGUGGAUCAAUAUGAGAGCUCCAAUGGCUUGGAACGAUUACUGGCAGCUACUGUAUUUAGACCGAAUGGUGCAAGAAGGGCCUUUCCGUGUUUCGAUGAGCCGCAUGUACGGGCUCCGUUUCGCGUUUCCGUAUUCCGUGAUCGUUUCCAUAUAGGCCUAUCCAAUUCUAUAGUUCACACCACGGAGGAUGUAGGAUUCUAUAUGGGUACAGGUCUGUUGCGUGACGACUUCAUUGAGACACCGCCAUUGCCAGCCGAUGCUGUUGCCUGGGUGGUAAGUGACUUCCAAAGGGAAUCGUUGCAACCCUCCGCCGCCUAUAUACCCACCACAGUGGCACCAGCCACUGCAGCCGGAGGCAAGAAAUCAGCCCAAUUGAACAAUUUCACUCAGAUGAAGAGCAAAAAUCCUCCGGUCCGUAAUAUCACUGCCUUGACCCACUCGUUGAAUGUGAAUCUAACGCCGCGACAGAAUGCUAGCCUCCUGGCCAUGAUGACAACGGCAUUGCCUGUGAUUAUCAAUGGACAUAGCAAUGGGAAGCCAUCGAAUCUUACAGCAUUAUCACAAUCCACCAGCUCAUCCAUCAAGCGAGCACCCUCGUAUACGUUUUAUGCUCCAAGAGAUCUGCUAACACGCUCUUCGUUUAUUCUGCACACCUCACGAGAUGUCUUGGAAUAUCUUCAAACUUGGCUGGACAUCAGUUAUCCUCUGACUAAAGUGGACUUUGUGGCUUUGCCCUCGCUGGAUCGGAAUCUAAUAUCGUCAUUGGGUCUGGUGACGUUAAAGACGUCUUUUCUGACAGAUCCCAAGUCGAUUACCUCGGAACAAUAUCAGUUUAGUGCUUUGCGCAUUGCCGAGGCUAUGGUCCGUCAGUUCUUUGGAGGAAUUACCUCACGUAAGGUUCUAAAGGAUGUCUGGCUAUGGGAAGGACUUAUCCAGUACCUGGGAAUACAUGCGUUGGCCCCGCUUCAAGAGAGUUGGCCGCUGCGUGAAAUGUAUUUGCUUAAGAUGGCCACAGCUGCCCUAGAUAUCGAUGCCAUUCAGGGUUGGGAUAGCAUCAUGAAUGGCACCAGUCACGAUGGCAACAACGAGGAGUUCUUUGUACAGAAAACAGCUGCCAUCUUCUCCAUGCUGCACACGGCCAUAGGCGAGGAUCGUUUCCGUGGAUGUUUGGGUAGCUUCCUCAAGAUGAAUCGCUUUAAGACUGCCGAACCGACAGAUUUGUGGACCAUUUGCACUAAGAAAGCCAACGGAUCAAAGAAUAUCAAGGACAUGAUGACACUGUGGACACAUCAGCCGGGUUUCCCACUGCUUACUGUCACCAAAAUGGGCAAUAGUAUAUCCAUAUCUCAGCGUCCAUUCAGGCCAGCCGAAUUCCUGGCCAUUCACGAUGAAUCGUACGAUGGUAAUAACUAUAACAAGACCACAGUAAAUGCCACUGAUAUACCCAGCACAGUGGCACCAUCAUCUCAUGGGAAUAAGCACAAGGCUGUGCCCCAUAUGAAAUGGAUCUUUCCGGUUACCUAUGUCACCGAUAUCAAUAAUGUGAGUGAGACUCUCUGGAUGCAGAAUGUCGAUGUUACAUUUAAUGUGCCAGAGAAUGUCAAGUGGAUUAAAGUGAAUGCCAUACAAAAUGGUUACUAUCGCGUUGUAUAUAACGAUGAUAACUAUGCUAAUCUAAUCGAGGAGCUUGCCAACAAUCCCAAACGGUUUAGCAGUGAGGAUCGACUUGGACUACUCUCAGAUGCUUUUACUUUGUGCCAUGCAAAUCUAUUGCCCUGUGAGAUUACAAUGAAUAUGAUACAAUAUUUGCCCAGUGAAAGACAUUAUGGUCCCAUGGCGUUGGCAGUGCGUCAUUUGGAGAAAUGGCGACGCAUAUUAAAGUAUUCGGAAUGUUUUCUGAUGCUAAGUGAAUUCAUUAAAAUGAAAAUAACCACGGUUAUGGAGAAAGUCGGCUGGAUAGACGAAGGAGAUGUGGCCACAAGACUCAUGCGCCCCGAAGUGCUGCUGGCCUCGGUAUUGUGGGAGGAUAUUGAUAGCAUAUCGAAAGCUAAAAAUAUGUUGAAUCAAUAUCUGUAUUACAAUGGCUCGGCCAUAGCACCCAAUCUAAGAGAGGUGGUCUAUACGGGUUCGAUUCUUUCGGGUGAAUAUAUUUAUUGGCAACAUUGCUGGGAACGAUUUGUCAUCCUUCAACGGACCUCCGAGACUUUUGUGGAGCGUAUGCAACUAUUACGGGCUUUGGGAAGAACCAAAGAUGCUUGGCUUCAAAAUCGUUUGCUCUCGCACGUAACCAUGCUGCCCACCGAGGAGGUCGUUCAGGUGCUUAAGGCCAUUGCAGGCACACCCACAGGAGGCGCCAUGGCCUGUCGUUUUCUUCAGGCCAAAUGGUUUGAGCUGGAGAAACGUCUGGGUGCUGGUACCAUAAGUUUCGCCAAAGUGAUAUCGGCCAUAACGCAAUAUGGCGCCACAAAGUUCGAUUACGAUGAGCUAAAAUCGUUGGUUCAUCGAUUCGGACGCGGUCCGGGAAUGUCGGUUCUGAAUAUGACGCUAAGCAGCGUUGCUUCCAAUGUUGAAUGGGUGGCCCGAUCACAGACAUCGCUAUAUAAAUGGGUGGAAAGCAAUUUACAUUCACAUCGAUAAAUAUCCAAAUGCUUACGGACUAAUUCUGUAUCUCUCGUUUUCAACUCAUUUUGUAAUUAUGUUCCUUGGAAA